AACCUUCAUCAGCAACAGUAGGGGGCAGUAAAAAGCUUUGCAAAUGUCAAAGCACAACACGGCAGAAGUAGAGAGAGAGAGAGAGAGAGUAGAGAGGAACAUGUGAGUGUAAAAUGAUGUCAAAUGUGAUAAACUAAAGUAGUUUGUGAAGGAAUAUAAUAAAUUACAACUAUACGGCUUUUUUAGACGAAAUAUGUUAAUUUGCACACAGGUAAUUAGUUCAUAUUUAAGUUACUGGAUGAGAAAACGCGCGGCAACCUAACAGUUAUUUCAGCUGAUGUUAUUGUAUUGUAUACAUUUACUUUAAAGCAAGCACUAUUAAUUGCGUCAUGUCAGAGUCCACGACCCCAGGAAAAAAGGGCAAUUUGACCGGAAGUGCCAGAAAACUAAAGGACGACGCCGCAGAUUGGCAUAAUCUCAUCCAGAAAUGGGAACGAUUAAAUGACGAGGGAUCCACGAUUGCGACUAAAAUUGUUAAUCUGGGAAUGAGCAAAAAAUCAGAUACUGAGGCUGAUGUUGUGAUGGAAGGAGGCAGUGUGAAAGCUGGAGACAUAUCAGACAAUCUGAAACGGAGCAACCAAGAGCUGGAGGAAGAAUGUGUGAAGUUACAAGACGUUGUGGAUAAAAUGGCAAACAUACUGUCAAAGAUGGAGAAGAUGGUCCAAGCCGAGCGAGGGAUCUGUGAGUUAGAAGCGUUUCAGUGGGGAGAGAAAAGAGCAGCUCCACUCUUCCACACGUGGUCCACACAACAGUUUGUUGAAGUAUCUUCCAAGCUUUACGAGUCAUACAAGCAGGAGUUGGCGCUGAAGAAGACUAUACUACAAGAAUUGGCCCACACUGCUAAUGCUGAUCUUUCCAUGGUCUACCUGUCCUCGUGGCUGUAUCAACCCUACAUUGAGGACAGUGGGAAACUGCUACUAGAGAGUCUGCUAUUGGAAACAGGUCACAGACCUUUGUGAUGAGGACUGUGUAAACAAAUGAAAGGCAUAUCAUGACGUAUACAGCUUUGAUUGAAUCCGUUUAACCUUCAAAUUUAUUUCUCAAAAAUAUCCUAUUCUUAUACUGUAUUACUUCCCUGUAAGCAGUCUGUACCAUACAAAGUCUUAACUCCAUAAACUCACUCACAAAAGAUUUAAUGUCA